AUGGCCUCCAACGAAGUUGCGCCCAAGACCUGCAAGGUCAUUCUGGCCGACACCAUCGCCAAGCGGCUCCUGGCCGAAGUCCACGACACCCUCGCCAAAGUGCAGGGCAGCGGCAUCUUCAAGCCCACCUUGGUGGCAUUCCUGGCCAACGACGACCCGGCCGCCCUUCAGUAUGCUGAGUGGUCUCAGAAGACCUGCGUCGAGAACGGCUUCAACUUCGACCUGCGUCGGGUAGACAAGGAGCAGCUCGAGGACAAGAUCACCGAGGCCAACGAGGAUGACAAGGUCGACGGCAUCAUCGUCUACUACCCCAUCUUUCCGGGCAACCCCACCCACGACAAGUACAUCCAGGAGACCGUUUCGCUGGCGAAGGACGUCGAGGGUCUCUGCCAUCAGCACAUCUUUAAUAUGUACCACAACGUCCGCUUCUUGGACCCUCCUCAGAACCUGAGGAAGUCCAUCCUGCCCUGCACGCCCCUCGCCGUCGUCAAGAUUUUGGAGCACCUCCAGAUCUACAACCCCAUUCUUGCCUACGGCAACCGUCUCUUCGGCAAGACCAUCACCGUCAUCAACAGAUCCGAGGUCAACGGCCGCCCGCUGGCGGCCUUGCUAGCCAACGACGGCGCUACGGUGUACUCGGUCGAUAUUACCGGCGUCCAGCUGUUCACUCGCGGUAAGGGUAUUAAGCGGAUACGCCACCAGGUCGAGAACAAGGAGGGCUGGGGUCUGGAACAGGUCCUGCCAAUCAGCGAUGUCAUCAUUGGUGGUGUUCCGAGUGAGAAGUACAAGAUCUCGACCGACCUCAUCCGCGAAGGUGCAGUUUGCAUCAAUUUCUCUUCGUUCCGUAACUUUGACGCCCCUACGGUCAAGGAAAAGGCCGCCAUCUACGUCCCGUCUGUCGGCAAGGUCACCAUUGCGUGUUUGUUGAGAAACUUGGUGCGUCUCAUCGCCAACCGUCCCACGACAAAAGACAACGGUAACGAAGACGCCUCCACUGCCCAGGCCAGGAGCGAGGCUUUCACCGAGGGUUGA